AAUUUUUUUCUAUGCGGGCUUAUGUAUUGCCUCUAUGGUCCAUUUGCGGGUAUAAAAUACAAACAUUCUCAAAAUGUUAAACAGUGUUCAAGAUGAAAUCCGUUGCUUCAGUUGUUUUGUCUUUGAUAUUUGUCGCGAUCGUUCAGGGAUUAGCCUAUACCGAUGUUCUGGAAACAGAGUGGAGUAGUUUUCGAUCUAAGCAUGAAAAGCUAUACGAGGAUCAAAACGAAGCUUUGCGGCGCAAACAAAUUUUUAAACAGAACAAGGAACUUAUUGACACGCAUAAUAAACGCUUCGCCGAUGGAAAGGAGUCAUUUGAAAUGGGUGUUAAUCAAUUUACAGACUUAAGUGCAAAGGAGUUUGAAGAAAUAAUGCUGAGCAAUCUAGAUACACCACUUAUGCAAUCUUAUAAUACAUAUACACCACCCGAGAAUGUUACGCUGCCGAGCAGUUUCGAUUGGCGUGAAAAGAAAGCUGUAACGCCUGUAAAGUUUCAAGGACACUGCGGAUCCUGUUGGGCCUUUGCUGCUGUGGGUGCACUCGAAAGUUACCAGUAUAUUAAAACAGGCCAACUGAUGGAGCUCUCAGAGCAGAAUCUGAUAGACUGCACCAGGAAAUACGGCAAUAGGGGCUGCCAUGGUGGCAGGCCGCGAUUUGCGCUGAAGUAUGUCCAAGACAACGGCGGCCUAGAAAGCGAAAGCGCCUAUCCAUAUGAAGUGCGCGAUGAUGCCCAGUGUCGGUUUUAUGAAAAUGCAAUGAGCGUUCGCGUCUUAAAUUUCACAAUGGUUGCCCCAACUGAAGCAGCGCUGGCAGAAGUUGUUGCUAAUAUUGGUCCCGUCGCCGCAGCUGUUGAUGCAGGCAAUUUCCAGCUUUAUAAAGGUGGCGUCUAUUAUGAUCCUAACUGCCGCAGAAAUCCAAAUCAUGCUGUACUUGUUGUUGGAUAUGGGCACGAUGAAAACCACGGAGACUACUGGCUAGUAAAGAAUUCCUGGAGCACACACUGGGGUGAAGAUGGUUACAUUCGCAUGGCACGUAACAGAAAUAAUAACUGCCAAAUUGCAGCUCAAACUGUUUAUCCUGUGGUUGAGAAAUUGUAGCUUAAAAUUGUACUACUAUUUUAAACUUAAUAAAAAUGUUUUUACUUUCUAAGCGACAA